AACGCUGUGCGGAGUUGCAUGUUUCUCUACCUUGAGUCGAGUUUACGACCAUCGCGCUGCUGUAAAGUCUCGAUAUUAGUGUGCUAAAAGUUGAAUAUCGGCCGUCCGAGUGCGUCGUGGCCCCGAUCGCGGAGCCGCACCGAUCCGUGAGUCGACUCAGGUAGUGCGUGGCGCCGUCGCUGGCGCCGAAAUCAGCCGAUCAAGGGGCACCGCGGUGUUAAGCAAUCGUCGGGAGCCGUUCCUCGCCCCUUCUGCUGGUGAUGCACAUUGCUGUGCCGAGCGGCCCGCAGCCAUCAGGACUCAAUUUGUGACUGGUUUCCGAUGAAGCGACCCGAGGAAUCAGACUGUUAAAAUCAAUGGCUUGCAGUGAGACGGUAUGUCUUGUGCUACUGGCCGUUCUUUUGCUGCCCUGCGUGUCCAGCGGCUGCAUGUUCGGCAUCCCAACUCUGGGAGCGACUUAUCCUGCCGGAGAUAUCUUUCUGGAGAAAGGCCAGUCGUUGAAGAUCACGUGCAAGCUGGACGAAGUAGAUAAUGUGACGAAUGCGAACAAAAUAUUUUUCACUGACGGCAAUGAACGGGUCCCGAAGCGCUUUGUCAACGUGAUAGAUACGUCAACUGCCAAAUUGUCGAUUCCCAACAUGACCCUUACCAAUCAUUCGGUAUACUACUGCAGACUCCAAACAAUGGACAAAGUCGUCUGCCUCAACCAAGUGGUUGUCGGACUGAAACCGCAAGAACCGCAAAACGUAACUUGCAUCUCCAAAAACUGGGAAACAUUUACAUGCAAGUGGGACAAGGUGGAUCACUACACACCCACAACCUACACUAUUCUCUACACCCUGGCAGGGCGAGGCAGCAGAAGUCAACUACUCCGAUGUCCAACGGAUAGUGACAAGAGGAACAACACCUGCACAUGGGAUUUCUCCACGAGCCCAAUCUACAGAACGGCUCAUGAGUUCUACACCAUCACCUUGGCCGGUUACAAUGCACUGGGAAACGUCACCUUCCCGCCUAUAAGGUACCAUCACUACGCACACGUGAUACCAAGACCUCCCGAGAACCUGCGUGCGCAAAACGUGACGUCGCACAGUGUGACGCUCAAAUGGGCAGUGGCGUAUCCCAUGCAGAUUUUUCCUCCAGGUCUGAUCACCAGGGUGGAGUUUAGACACAAAUGGAUACCCGAGGGCCAGUGGAUCACUGUGAACACAACCAAUUUGCCUUAUAACCCUGUCAAUAUGACGCUGCAUAUCACUAAUUUGCCGUACGCACACACGAACUACACUAUUCGAGUGCAACACAAGUCACAAAAGGCGCAAGACAAAGGCUACUCAGAGCCAGCCACCGUCAAUAUAACGACUAAAUCCGAGAAGCCAACCGCGUCUCCCAAGGUGGACAUGGGCGGUUUCGAGAAUGAGAAGCCAAACGACGCGUCUUUACGUAAUAUCUACCUCUACUGGGAGCGUAUCCCAGAGUGCUUGUACAACAGUGACGACUUUGAGUAUCAAAUCGAGAUUGAGGAGGAGAGUGGCGCACUACUCGAUAUCGUCAAGGCUGACAAAACCUCGUCGUACAUCAAAAUCAAGGGCCUCUUGCAUGAUGCGUACACGUUUAAAAUAUACGCAAGGAACAACCUCGGUGUGGCGGAUGCUCCGUCCGUGAUCAAAGUGCCACACUAUAAAUCUUGUAAACCCUUUUGCAUCAAGGGGCCGUUGGCUUUCACAAAAAUCGAAUACGAUGACGGAGUUACUGAGCUGUCGUGGAACGAACCUGACACUCCUGGCCUCGGGGAACUCUCUGGCUUGUUACCAAUCGUUGACUACACUAUUUUCUGGUGCGAAAACUCAAAGGAUAAGGCAUUCCAGUGCACUGGAUCCAUGAACUGGAUUCGCGUUCCGGCCAAUGCCAACUGGCACAACGUGACCAUUCCUGAUAAGAACCGUACUUACCAAUUCGCCAUAUCAGCAAACAGUAAAAAUCAGAGCUCUGGCCUAUCGUGGACAGUUUGCACUGUCGCACACGACAAAGUCAUUGAGGGAUUGACCCAAGUCGGCUUAAGCAAGGUCGGCUCCACCUUCUUGGAGAUCUCCUGGAACCUUCAAUGCUCCCACCGAAUUGGGCAGGUUCUAGGCUAUAAUUUCCGCUACUGUCCCAUUAUCCCAGCACAGCUGAGAAACUGCAAAGAGCCGUCCAAAGUCCAGUUUGUGCCAGGAGACGCUAACACGGAACUUGGCAACAUCACAGGCUUGAUGCCGUACACAGCCUACAUGUACAACUUGACGGUGCUGAGCAUGGGUGGUGAGGGUGUAGGAGAAACGGAGUUCGCCACCACCCUGGAGGCAGCACCCGAGCCUCCGAGAGACCUUAAGGCCACCUACGUGACCAAUUCGACAAUCCAUAUCUCGUGGUUUCCACCGGCCAGGUCCAACGGCAACAUCAAGUACUACGAGGUCAACUACACGCUUGGCACAACCAAAAUCGACGGCAUCUUCACGUCAACCGGUCUGUAUGAUCUUCCAAGCUUUACAAACAUGUCCAUCUACGUGAGGGCCUGCACGAUUGCCUGUUCUAACAAAUCUAACGUCAUCAUGACUAGAACCUUGAUUGGGACCCCUAGCAAGAUAGAUAUGGUGCAUCUGAGGCGACAGUUGAACGAAUCCAACGUCAAGGUCAGCUGGAAUGAACCUGUGAAUCGUGCAGGCUACAUCGACUUCUACCAACUGUGGGUCGAGGAGCAUGGAAAAAAUGUGUCGGAUACACCCUACACAGUUAGCAAUCAAACGAACCAGUUGGUUAGCAUACCUGACUGCUCUGGGGACAAGCCGCUGGUGUACACCUUCCGCGUGCGUGCAGUCAACAAAGACGAGUACAAUCAGUCACAAUAUGGCCCAUGGUCCGAUCCCAGGGAGGAAAACUGCUACAGCUCAGGAUUCCCCUCUACCGAGGUCAUCACAGUUUUCACGAUCUUCGCGGCUGUCAUCCUGAUCUCGGUGGUCUGGUGCUACGGCAAAAGGUUCUGGAUCUGCCUGGAGAAGAUGCGCAACGUGCCAGUGGAGCUGCCACCUGGGCUGGACCCCUCCUCGCAAACGUUUGCGCCAACCCAAAAGUCACCAUUGGACUCGAGCAAACCCACGCCUGAAGACAUUGACGACUCGGAGAUGCUGCUGACCAAGUCAGAGAGGCACGGUCGCAACCCGAGUGGAGACAGCUCUGGCUGCAGCUCUGCGGGUAACAACGACAGCAUUUCACUCACGUCGAAUCGGCAAAUCUCGACCGAUUCAGGCACCGAGGCUGAUCAGCUGACUGAAGGCGACUCAACGCAGGUGCAGGUGCACGUUGAGAUGGACCCUGUUGACGCAGUGCGAAACUGGCAGGUCAUGCCGGACAAGUUCACACCGGACCAGUCAAACCAGCAGAUAGAGAUGCUCUCGUGCAUGCAGACGUACUGCAAAAUUGGAGAGGCCAACACAGGUGAUAUGGCUACUACUGGGCCCUACAUCAUGCUCGGCGAACAGCAGCAGCCUCCGCAGGAAAACAACAAGGGCAGCAAUGGCUAUGUCACCGUUGAGCAGGUCGACCUGAUGCUGUCUAGGCAGGAUUCCAAUGGGUACUCGGCGGCGCCACCUAACGGUUUCAUGCUUCGCAAGGGCUCGACCUCGACUGCGGAUGAAACACCAAGUUCCUGCUCGUCAUCGACGUCGUCUGCGCCGGCCUCGCCAACCAUGCCCCAGGCGGCGCUGAACGGCUACGCCAAAGUGGGCGACCCGGGGCCACCGGCGCCGCCGAAAAGUGCCAACAGCUCAGGUUACGUGGCGCUGGGCGACGUGAACCUGAGCUUCAAGCCGCCUCAGCACGAGGACGAAACUCCUAAGAUAAAGCAGUGUUGAGAGAGGAGAGAGAGAGAGGACAUUGCGCUAGUGCGAUGCAUAACUCAGGACAUCAUGACUUUUUUUUCUCUUAGAAUUUAAUUGUGCCGACGCAUUCUUUUGGUUCGGAGUGCUCGAUUUUUCUCCAUAGCUUUUAACGUUUUAAGAAAAGACUGACAUAAUUUUUAUAUUUUUGCUCCACUCUGGACCCAUCUGACGAGGAACGUGUUAGGAUUCUGCGAUUUAGUUGCGACACAUUCUCAGCAAUGUUUACAAAGAUUUGAGACCAUGCUAGUAAAUGAAAAAUAAAAGUCCCUAUUGGAUUUAGAUCAUGGAAAUUACUAAAUAAUGAUUCAACUGAAGAUUCCCUAUUUUUUCGCAGAGAAAGAGAGAACUCAAAAAUGUGAGUUAUUAAAAACUCUUUAACCAACGAGAAUAAUGUCUUGAUUUUUAUUUUCUUAACAAGAAUACAAAAUUCCUUUUAAAAAAUGCUCAUAUGUGCUGACUUUUCAAUUUUGAAAGCCCAAUGAAGAAAUUGAAAGAAUUCUAGUUUCCCCUUAUAUUUUAUGGUAUUUCAAUACCGAUAUUUUAUUAGGAAACUUAAUUAGUCUAAAUGAAACAUUUUAUUCAUUUCGCAGAUUCCUAUCAAACGUUUUUCAUAGGUUUAGAUAUAUUUUUAUCAAAACCUUUGAAUGUUGGAUAAAAAACGUGCGAAAUUCCUAAAAUUUUAAAAGUAAAAGCAGUUUUGCUUUGUAAUGCACUGAAUAAACUCGAUAAACUCAAAUAAAUUUUAUAUAUUAUAAUAUACAGCAUGUCAAAAGCAAAACUAUUGGUAAAUUCAUUUCACACAUUAAAAUCCUUAGAAAAAAGAAAUUUUAUUGUUCUUUGUGCGAAACUAAACGCUAACUAAACACAAAAAUAAUGAGUUUUGAAUCGUAACACGUUCCUCGUUUAAAAAUAAAUAGAAUUAAUAUUGUGUUGUCGCCAUUCGAUCGUUCGCUUGCUUACUUUCCAGCCCCCAAAAUCAAAGUACUUAGGCGCACUCGAAUAAGUUGCGACGAAAACGAGCAGUCUGAACCCGAAGUCGGCCGCGACGACGAGUGUUUGAUCGUUCGUUCGUCUGUGUACGUGUGCCAGCCAGCGAAUUUACGUUGCUCAUUCGGGUGCCUUUCGGGUGACGCGGCUCGCGAACUGAACUGAAACCAGAAAUCGGGAACCACCAACCAACCACACAUCUUGCCAACCAACACACAUGUCUAUUUGAAUGUGUACCUGUUUCACGCAGCUCUUAUUUAUUUCCCUGACUGCUCGCAUUGUGCGCGCGUCGGCUUCAACGAGGACCAUUCGAAGUACCUCGUGCCUGACGCGGAGCAUUUUUAGUUCCUACUAUGUAGGCGUAAGGUUUUUUUCAUCUUAAGUCGGCUUGCAACUCGUGUGUGCAUUAGCUACGCUUAUUUCAAUCGUUUCUUCAAGUUCUCGUCAGAUUGCAAGCCAUCAUUUGUAAAUAGUUAAAAAUAGGAUUUCCCGAUUCCCUCACUCCCCCCCUUUCACCCCCGCGUUACAUCGUCGUUUGUCUAUAAUACACUCCCAUCAUUUUUAUCGUCUCUCACUUGCCAUAUAACAAUUUUAUUUAUUGUAAGAAGAAACUAAUAUAACUGAUGAACAAAAACAUCAAAGAGCCGGCCGAUUAAACUUUACACAUACACGCUCCAGAGUUGUGACGCAAUUGAAACGAAUUGGAUCUGCCUCCAAAUUAGAUGAUAUUUGUAAUUUGGAACACGUAAAAAGCGGUGCCUUUACACAAGUGAAACAAUAGUGCAGAAAAUACUACUAGCGCGGCAGAGGAACACUAUAUUUACAAGCAGACUAAAAAUAAAACUAUUUAUACACGGAGAAGGCUUUCCGUUUACGCUGAUUCUCAAUUUUGCUCAAAACCGAACGAAACUUUGGCAGAUAUUUCGCGCAUUCACACAUACACACACAAACGCAUACAACAUUUUCCCUUCUCGUACGUUGCAAGUUUCCGAGGCAAUAAGUGUCACUUACUAUGUCUAAAUAAUGCUGUUUGUUUCGUCGUGUUAACGAAAAUAAAUGGUUUUUAAAGUAAAACUUCAACAUUGUGUGAAUGUCAUUUGUUGAAGGAGAAAGAUUUUUACUGUGACAUGUUUCCUCAAAUUUUGCUGUAAGGAAUUGAUGAAAACCGACAAGAUUAAUAAACAUGAAAUGAAUAUAAUAA